AUCGUCGCUUCUUCGUGUUCAUGCAGGGCGAAGUCGCUCCUCGAAACGCCCGGAAGCCUGGCGCCCAAGUUGACGAUGCGGUCCUCGCGGACGCUACGAUCAAAUGCACCAUGGAAGGCAACUUUGCGAAUGGCGAAGUCUCUUCGGAGACAUUUACUGUUUCUCUCCGUUCAAUUCAUGGCGCUGGAAUGCAUCUUAUCUUUCGCGAUUGGGCCGACGGCGGCGUCCAGGAUCAGCUUCUCGUCGGGAAUAGACAAGACAUCGUUGCAGACGCGAUGUGCACCUUUGGCGAAACCAUGCGCAGCGGAAUGUACACUUGCAAGUUCGACGCGAGGCUACCGGACGGCGAAUGUCUGUUCGCACUGGAAGUGUCGCAGUGGUUACAUGGACAUGGCGAUGGACCGGCGGCGGUGAAAAUGAAGGACGACUGAUUGAGUGCUCAGCCAUGAUGCAUUGUUGCAU